AUGGACUUGGCGAAUGCAGGAGCAGACUCCGUCACCAAGCGUGGGCGGUUCAAGCAAGCUUGCCACAAAGCAGACAAGCGGACUCUUCUCCAAAGCAGUUCGGCAUGUACGCCGACACUGCUGGCAGCAGAUGCAAUGCUAGACGAACGCAAUAGCGAAACUGAAGAAGACAAUUAUUUUACCGAAGACGACGAGGUCAGCAGCGAUCGGGGAGAAAGAUCCGAUAACGACUCGGGUCAGCAUCUAUUUGGCGUGGAGCAGUGCCUUCCGGUUAAGAUUCUAGCACUGGGUCAUGUGGUAAGUCAUAUCUACGAGCUACUUAUGGCAAGUAGCGAGGCUGUCGUGGCGGCAGCACAGGCGGGAAGGAUCGAGUGGCUGGAGAAGUUGCUGGACGAGUACGACUGCGACGUCUCCGAGGCAGCUGUGAGUACUGCAGCUGCAAAUGGGCAGAUUGAGGCACUGAAAGUAUUGCUGCCUGAGGUCGACGGAGACUACGACGGGGAGGUCGCCGACGCUAUCACCGUUGCUGCUGUGAAAGGCCAUCUCGAUGAUGUACAGUUCUUGCUUCCUUGGGUUGAUGACGACGAGAAGCGUAAUGAUGCUGCGUGGGAAGUAUUGGAGGAAGCAUCGGCUCAUGGGCAUUACGAUACCGUGGAAAUUGCAGCACAGCAAGCGAAAGAGGCGAUGGGCAAUAUCAAAACGAAUUCCACUGGAAUAUAG